CGUCCAUCCACGGAUUUUGACACUCUCAUUAUCCGAUUCGACGUCCCCCCCACAAGUGAUUUCACCAUCAUGAACCUCGAAGUCCGCCGCAGCACCUCCAUGGAACAAGGUGCUUACCACAACAAGGACAUCCAAGCCCAAAUUGCUGAAGUGGGCAAGAUCCUUGCGCAAGACUCGCUCUUCAGCGAAGCGACGUUGAAGAAAGAAAUCGAAUGGUUCUACGGUCCUUUGGGACUGCAUGAAUUCUACUUCUUGGGUCACUCGCCCGCCACGAUCGCGUCGCACAUCCAAAGCUUGAUCGGCGCCAAGGUGUUGACCAAGGCUUCCGGCGUGGACCAAGAGUUCAAGUUGGUGCAAGAAAACGAAAAGUCUGCGUUCUUUGCCACCCGCUCCAACGUGCAAGGCGACGAAUCCAACUCGACCCGCUUGUCCGGCGGCUCGGAUGUGUCCAACUUGGAACGAUUCAUCGAGAAGCAGUACCUGAGCUCGUCCACGGAAUGCAUCGGCGACGGCGUCAAGACGGGGUACCAAUACCUUGAACCUUCCGAAACCACAAAGAACCGCCAAUACCGCCUCCAAUGCUACCGCUCCACGGGUCUCUUGGAUACGACGUUGGUGCCGUCGCACAUGCGCUUGUACUUUCUGCAAGAGCCUGAAUUCGUCAACCCCUCCCCCGCCGCAGGCGAGACGGACAUCCAUCAAUUGGCCGACAAGCACUUCCUUGAACGCGCCGGCGACAACUUGAAGAAGGUGUACCAACAAGUGCUCAAGACCGCGUCCAACCAAAUGACGCCUGCGUUCCACACCGAAGUGUGGCUCGAGCCCGACAACACCAAGAUGGCGCGCUUCACCGUCGCAUACAAGGCCGGGUCCACUCACAGCUACUUUUCGUCGCUCGCCGAUGUCUACCGCGGCCACGGCCUUUUCUCGUCGCGCAAGUACGCCGAGUACUUUUCCAACGGCAUCGUUAUCUACGGAUUUUACCUGCAGCAAUUGACUGGCGACGAUGUCAAGGGCAAGGGCUCGUUUGAAGAACGCGUGGCCGCGUGCGUGUCGGACGCGUCGCUCCACUACGUCCUUCCCCGCACGUCGCUGUCGCCGUUGUUGCGCGACCACCUGCUCACUCCCCAGCAAAUCUCGUACGCGUACGCUGCGUGGAAGUUUACAUUUCACUUUUUGCAGCGUCUGCCCGAAGCAUACUCGGUCGUGUCCAACUCGCUGCGCGACCGCGACGCCGUGGCGUUUGCCCGCCUCGAACAACUCCGCUCCACCAUGAAGCAAAACACGUACACGGAAGCGCAGAUCUUGGACCAUCUGUUGUCGUCGCCCCUUGUGAUCAAGUCGUUGUACGAAGAAUUCGAAGCGCUCCACUCGCCCGCGUCCAAGGACCGCCACCGCAAGGAAGCCGACAUCUUGUCGUACCUGCGCAAGGCCGUCACGUCGGAAGCGGCGCUCACCGUGUUUUCGCAGUUUGCCAGCUUCAACCACCACGUGCAGCACACCAACUUUUUCCGCAAAGAAAAGUCGGCGCUCGCAUUCCGCCUGGACGGCGAGUUCCUUCCGUCGACCGAGUACGCCGACAAGCCGUACGCCGUGAUCUUUGUGAUCGGGUCCGAGUUCCGCGGGUUCCACACGCGCUUUCUCGACAUUGCGCGCGGCGGCAUCCGCAUGAUUCGGUCGUCGCACGCCCAAGUGUAUCUGAACAACGUGUCGUCGUGCUUUGACGAAGGCUACGGGCUCGCGUCGACCCAGCAGCGCAAGAACAAGGACAUCCCCGAAGGCGGGUCCAAGGGCGUGAUCCUGCUCAACUUGGCGCACCAAGACAAGGCGGACCUGGCGUUCAAAAAGUAUAUUGAUGCGCUGCUGGACAUCAUGCUGCCCGAGAACGACGGCAUCGUGCGGACGCAGCCAGACAUUUUGUUCCUUGGGCCGGACGAAGGCACGGCGCACUUGAUGGACUGGGCGUCGUCGUACGCCAAGUCUCGCGGGUACAACUACUGGAAGGCCAUCACGACGGGCAAGUCGCCGUCGCGCGGGGGUAUCCCCCACGACGAGUACGGUAUGACCACGCACUCGGUGCGCGAGUUCGUCAAGGGCAUCCAGAACAAGCUCAACCUCAAAGCCCCUGGCGCCAAGCGCUUGACCAAGGUGCAAACGGGCGGCCCCGACGGCGAUCUCGGCUCGAACGAGAUCCUCAUGUCGGAAGGCGAAGACACGAUCGCCCUCGUGGAUGGUUCGGGUGUGCUGUACGACCCCCACGGGCUCAACCGCGCCGAGCUGGUGCGCCUCGCCAAGCUCCGGUCCCCCGUGCAAGGUUUUGACACGUCGCUCUUGUCUUCGGAAGGGUACCUUGUGCUCAUUUCGCAAAACGACGUGACGCUGCCGAGCGGCGAAGUCGUGGAGAAUGGCACCCAGUUCCGCAACAACUUCCACAACCGAUCCGACUUGACGGCCGACUUUUUCGUGCCGUGCGGGGGCCGCCCCGCCGCCGUGAACUUGAGCAACGUGCAGAACUUUGUGUACGGUCCGGACGGCAAGACCCUGCGCUUCAAGUACAUUGUCGAAGGCGCCAACUUGUUUUUCACGCAGGACGCGCGCCUCGUGCUGGAGAAGGCCGGCGUGACGCUGUUCAAGGACGCAUCCGCCAACAAGGGCGGCGUCACGUCGUCGUCGCUCGAAGUGCUCGCGGCGCUGUCGCUCACGGAUGCCGAGUUUGCCCAGCACAUGGCCGUGGUCGCCGGCAAGCCCAAGCCCGCCUUCUACCAGACGUACGUGGCCGAAGUGCAGGCCCGCAUCGACCACAACGCGCACCAAGAGUUUGAAUGUUUGUGGCGCGAACACCAACGCUCUGGGACCCCGUAUGCGAUCCUGACCAACUUGCUCUCGGAACGCAUCACAGACCUGAGCGUAACGAUCCAGGACUCGUCCUUGUACGAGCAACAAGGCCUGCGCGACCUCAUCCUCGACGGCGGCUUCCCCAAGGCCCUCACCGCCCUCCUCUCCCGCGAUGAACUCGUCAAGCGCCUGCCAGAGUCGUACCUCCGCGCGCUCUUUGCCUCGCAACUCGCGUCUCGCUUCGUCUACGCCGCGGGCCUCCACUGCCCCGAGUUUGCCUUUUACGAAUUCGUCCAAACCCUCAAGAACUAAACAAGUAGUCACGUUAUAUAAAAAAAAUACUAUUUUUUCAUUUUCUCCCCCC